AUGACAGUUAUAUUGAGCCCCCCCCCCCCCCCCCCCGCAAUUGCAUCCGACCCGCCAUACGACGCCUCCGACCCCCCAUACGACGCCUCCGACCCCCCAUACGACGCCUCCGACCCCCCAUACGACGCCUCCGACCCGCCAUACGACGCCUCCGACCCCCCAUACGACGCCUCCGACCCCCCCAUACGACGCCUCCGACCCCCCAUACGACGCCUCCGACCCCCCAUACGACGCCUCCGACCCCCCAUACGACGCCUCCGACCCCCCAUACGACGCCUCCGACCCCCCAUACGACGCCUCCGACCCCCCAUACGACGCCUCCGACCCGCCAUAAGACGCCUCCGACCCCCCAUACGACGCCUCCGACCCCCCCAUACGACGCCUCCGACCCCCCAUACGACGCCUCCGACCCGCCAUACGACGCUUCCGACCCCCCAUACGACGCCUCCGACCCCCCAAUACGACGCCUCCGACCCCCCAUACGACGCCUCCGACCCCCCAUACGACGCCUCCGACCCCCCAUACGACGCCUCCGACCCCCCAUACGACGCCUCCGACCCCCCAUACGACGCCUCCGACCCCCCAUACGACGCCUCCGACCCCCCAUACGACGCCUCCGACCCCCCCAUACGACGCCUCCGACCCCCCAUACGACGCCUCCGACCCCCCAUACGACGCCUCCGACCCCCCAUACGACGCCUCCGACCCCCCAUACGACGCCUCCGACCCCCCAUACGACGCCUCCGACCCGCCAUAAGACGCCUCCGACCCCCCAUACGACGCCUCCGACCCCCCCAUACGACGCCUCCGACCCCCCAUACGACGCCUCCGACCCGCCAUACGACGCUUCCGACCCCCCAUACGACGCCUCCGACCCCCCAAUACGACGCCUCCGACCCCCCAUACGACGCCUCCGACCCCCCAUACGACGCCUCCGACCCCCCAUACGACGCCUCCGACCCCCCAUACGACGCCUCCGACCCCCCAUACGACGCCUCCGACCCCCCAUACGACGCCUCCGACCACAGUUUCAGAUCAUUCAUGUAUUUGACCAACUGUAGAUAG